AUGAGACUUGGAGCUCCAAACUUGGCUAAGCUGAGGAAUAUGCGCCAAAACCAGGAGUGCAAAACCGCAGCAAACGAACGGCAAUUUGCUUCUAGCACAGCAAGUUGCUCUCAGAGUCCAACCGCUGAAAGUUGUGACAACAAUGUCGUCCGCGCGAUGUACUUCAGUGAUGAUCCGGGCGUCCCGAUUCUUGAGGCCAUUGUCGACGGCAAGAUUGUAGUAGCUUCUAUCUCAACAGUGCGGUCCAGCCCACGCUACAAGAGUUUCCAUGACAUGUGUCGAUGUCGUAAGAACGGGCACCUUCCGCAAGGCUCCAAUCCCUCAAAGUCAGAGCUUGCAUAG